AUGGAAAGCGAACUUGAACAUACGGAAGCGGUUUUUGUCCUGGAAGAGGACAUCAGUAAAGUCGAUUAUCAGCAUCGAUUUAGUAAUGGUGAUGAUGUCAUCUUUCAAUUAGCCGACGAAAUAUAUCGAUGUUAUCAACAAGAAGCCAAAAAAUAUUCGAUUUCGGGUGACUUAAAAACAGCAGAAAUCAAAAGAAAUGUAUCGAAUAAAAUUCAUGAAGAGUUGGGAAAAGUAUACAGCUCAGCCUUAAGAAUGAUAGCACCAUCACAACAUCCAUUAAUGCAUAAAAAGACUUGUCCGACUCAAAUAACAAAUAAGUAA